UCUGUCAUCGGAGAUCUCAACCCCAGAUCCUCAAGGCAGAUGGCCUCCACCUUCAGCAUCUUCAAGGUCCCACAGCAUGGAAGGAGAAAGUUACAACAUCUACAAUGCCAUUUAUGCUGUGGCACACGCAUUACAUGCAAUGCAUGGAUCUGGAGAACGACCAAUCAUAAUGAGGCUUGGAAAGAGGAUCUCAAAUAUUCAAUCAUGGCAGAUUCUCCCCUAUCUGAGGAACAUCAAGUUCAACAACAGUGCUGGAGAGGAAGUCUCCUUCUCAGAAAGUGGAUUGGUGUCUACUCGUUAUGAUCUUGUCAACUGGCUUUUCCUCCCCAAUCAAUCUUUUGUCCCCAUGAAAGUUGGGCAAAUAGAUUCCACAGCUUCCCAAGGACAAGAUUUCACCACUAACUCCAAUGAAAUCAUCUGGGUCACAAAGAAGGUGCCCUUUGCCAGGUGUGGCAUGAAGAGAUGCCAGGCAGGAGAGAGGAGAAGCGUUCCAGAGGGCGAGCCAGUUUGCUGCUACCAAUGUGACCAUUGUCCAGAAGGAACCAUUUCUAAUCAGACAGAGGAGCAGGAUUGCAGCUCCGGAUCAUCCCAGCAAGACCGGAAAGGUGCGGAGGCCUCAGCCUGGGCCUCCCUGGAGCAUUCAGGGAAUGAAAAGCUGUAG